CCGUUUCCAUGGCGACGAGGCUCCAGGCCAGGGUAGCCGGGCCAGCGAGUAGGGGGUUGUAGUGGAGGCGGCAGCUGGCGGUAGACAUGAGCUUGGCGAGCGUGGCGACCGGGCAGCGGUCCCCCAGCUCCACCACCCCAGGCUCCCGGGGCACGUCGCGUCCGCGCCAGCGCUACUCCACGACCCUCCAGUACUCCGGGCCGCAGAGUACGCAGCUCGGACCCAGCGAUGCGCAGAAGCGGGUACUGGACCUGGAGAAGAGUCUGCAGUUCCUGCAGCAACAGCACUCGGAGACGCUGGCCAAGCUCCACGAGGAGAUCGAGCACCUCAAACGGGAAAACAAGGAUCUCCAAUACAAGCUAAUAAUGAAUCAGAAGCCACAGAAGAAAGGCAGCAUCUCCAAUUCCAGCUUUCAGUCCAUCAAGUCCAUCUCGAAUUCAUCAGUGGCAGCCAACUCUCAAGGCAAGGCCAGGUCCCAGCCAAGCUUCUCCAAGAAGCAAGAUUUGAAAGCCACUGUUUCCCAGAAGACGGACCAAGAUGAGGAGCCCCUGGUUGCUGCCCUGCUUCACAAACUGGACAAAGUCCCCGGGUCACAGGGGACAGAAAAAGAUGACCAAGUGGAGAUCUCCAAUCCAGCGGCGACCUCGGUGGCAGGCAGCCAGCACAAGGGCAAGCAGGCAAUGGGGGCAUCACCCUUGAUGAACUUGCCCCCAGCCCUGCGCAAGCCCGCCACACUUCAACAGUGUGAGGUAGUCAUCCGCCAGCUAUGGAAUGCCAACCUUUUGCAGGCCCAAGAGCUGCAGCACCUAAAGUCCCUUCUGGAAGGGAACCAGCGGCUCAAGGCUGCCCCUGAGGAGGCUGGGCUGAGUUCUCCCAAGGACCAGGAGGCCCUUCACCCAGGGACCACGCAGUUCCCCAAGGUCCCCACCAAGGGCAUCUCUAAGAAAUGCCUGAUUCUGAGCCCAACACCCAUGGUGGAGCGUGCCAUCCUGCCCGCGCUGAAGCAGUCUCUAAAGAGUAACUUUGCAGAGCGACAGAAAAGGCUACAGGUUGUGCAGAGCCGGCGACUGCACCGCUCCAUGCUCUGAGGGCCACUGGCCUCAUCCUCGCAGCUGGAGACACUAACCCUCACUAGAUAGUAAUUAAAAAGAAUUCUAAAACACUUAAGCCAAGUUUCAGAUAAACAAAACUCACGGCAUACAUAAAGUACUUGGUCUCAGAAUUUAGGAGUUAUUUUUUUACUCAAUAUUUUGCUAUUCUGCAUUUACACAAAAAUACAUUAUGAACUAAGUAUUAUCCUACCCGCUGGAGACUGGAAAUAAAGCUCGUUACUCCCAUUUGCAAGUCUCACCACUC